UUCUCCUGGUGUUACUUUGCAUGGGUUUUCCCCUUUCGCCGCUCCAUGAUGCCACAGUAAAAGUAAAUGGGUUCAACUUUUGAUGAGUGGGUCUCACCGGAAAGUUACUAAAACUAGUUGUGCAUGUCUCUCCACUUUGUUUGUAUUCUUAGAAAUAUUUUUCAUCUGGUAAAACUUUUACUUUAGCAUUUCUAUGCUGAACCGCAAGGCGUAAUUUGGCACAUUUGGCACUUCUACUCUGCGUUUUGCGCACUGAGCGCGAAGAAGUUUUUUUUUGCCUACACUGUAAGAAAUAUCAUCUCGAGCUCUUCCGUUUAACUCAUCCUAACUUGGACAGCCAUAAAACCGGUGGAUCAGACUUUUUCCAUUGUUGAAGGAACUCAGCUCGCUACUAGAAACUGUAUCCAAGUGACCGGGGGCCAAAUUGGAUUGUGUGUCAUUAUAUUCGCUGGUUGUUUUUUUGCAGCGGUAGAAGUAAAACCACGUCAUUCUGUCAAACAACUCCCCCUUUUCCUCCCUGUUGGACCUACAUCCACACUUCAGGCACAACUGGAUAAAGGGUUAGGGUCAGAAGUAAAACCAUGAUGACCGGAUUUCGGCUGAACUUAUCGCCGCUGAAGGAGCCUUUAGGUUUCGUCAAACUGGUGGAGUGGCUCACAGCCAUAUUUGCUUUUGGAAGCUGUGGCGGUUACUCAGGGAGAAACAUCAUAUCGCUCUUCUGUGGAGAUGGAAGGAAUGAAACUCUCCAAGCCAAUUUUCACUACCCAUUUAGGUUAAGUCAGGUCCUGCUCAUUAAGGAAAACACCACUAUCUGCAACCAUUCUGUUACGACGACACACUUGGUAGGAGACUCCGCCUCCUCUGCAGAGUUUUUUGUGGGUGUCGCCAUCAUCUGCUUCCUGUACAGCAUGGUAGCUCUGCUGGUGUAUUUGGGUUACAUGCACGUCUACAAGGACUCGGACUUUGGACCCAUUUUUGAUUUCACACUCACAGCAAUCCUGGUCUUCUUGUGGCUGGUGUGUUCAUCCGCCUGGGCCAAAGGUCUGCAGAAUGUCAAAGAUGCUGUAGAUACAGAUGGCAUCCGCUCCACACUGGGAAUAUGCAAAGGCACCAAUGUCACCUGUGACGUCACAGAGUUUGCCAACAUGCGCAGUCUCAACAUUUCUGUGGUGUUUGGCUACCUCAACAUGUUUGUGUGGGCUGGAAAUGCCUGGUUCGUGUACAAGGAAACCCGCUGGCACUCUCAGAAAUUCUCUUCCCCGACUGGACCUGGAAGGCAGCAAGUCCCUGCACCCAUUUAAGAUACACAGCAACACAUGCACCCACAGACACACACUGAACUGAACCACACCACACUCUUUGUACACGUCCCACCAUUUGCAUACAUGUACUGUAUAUGUUGUAAGUACACAUUCAUACACAUAGAAACGUUCUGUGACGAUGACAAAUACAGACAAAAUGAAGGAGAAACCAAUCUAUCAUCCCAUUGGAUUUGGCACCUUAUCAAAAUGCCUCAAUGAAUUCCCUGACAACUUGAUGUGAUAUCAUUCCUUGCACAUUGAUGAUGUACUUUAAGUGUGAAUAUUUCUUCUGGAGGGCUUAGUAAGUGGCAACAGACAUUGAAGAUUUCAUGUGUAAACCAGCUUUUAUAUGUUUUAUCUGUUAAUGUUCCAUUUACAAAAGCAAUGUCAAUGCAACAAAUGGAAAACCAUUUAAAUGUGCCUUCUAGGAACAAUUACUAGAUAUCUUUUUGUACAUUUAUAGGCAAAUCAAUGCAAAACCAUUGACCAUACAUCUUAAAUCAGCAAUCUGCCUUCAGUAGCUAGGAAGGAAUCUUUUUUUUCUCCUUCGCUUUAUCCCUCAAAGACCAAGAACUAUUUUUGUGUCUACAUCUAACCUUUGUUUAGUGAUUCAUCGCCCGAUAUUAUAGUUUUAUCCUCUGUAUUUUGUAUUUUUUCAAUGAAAAGGCAGCGUUUUCCUUUAUUGACUUUUCUGUUCAUGGAGAUAUUCAUAAAAACCCAUUGUAAAUUCAAAGAUGAUAAUACAGAGGUUAUUAAUAGAGAUAAGUGAAGCAAAGGUAAUUUUUUUUCUUUUUUUCAGCAAAAUAUAUCAUUAAUUCCAUGUAAAAACAGAUGGCUUUUUGUCAAACUACAGGGGUUUUAUUGGUGAAUCAAUGUUUCAGAAUAUGACAGUGUUUCCAUGUUCACUGUGGAGCCUCUGAACAUCCACUGAUGCCACUGAAAAGUUGAGAAACUGCAUUUUACCUGAAUUAUUUUAAUGUAUUGUGAGGAUUUGUGGUUCAAAAGUUAUUAAAUUUUAGAUCAGUUGAUGGUUUUGGUCACUGGUGGCUGUGUAGGUCUUUGAGGGUUAAUUACGCUUAAUUCUAUAUUGAUGAAUAUCUCUGUUUCUGACAUCAAAUGCAACACAUGGAGCAUGAUUAAGGGGUAUAACAUAUCAGACAAUAAGGACGUUUUAAUCAAGGUGUGCAGGGCAACAGACUAGGUAAAAUUAUAGUUAGUAGAGAGGUGUAAUAGUAUGAUACACUAAUCGAUUUGCAAUAUCUGUAAUUUGUUAACGUAUACUGCAAAUUGGGUAAUGUUAUAUAUUACACGUGUACAUUUUUAGAUUUAACACGUUCGGUAUCCAAAGGUGACUCUUGUUUUCAUUCCUUUAUGCAUUCAUUUGCCCUCUAGUAGCAGGUUAAAUAAAAGUUCCUAGUGUAUGUAGUCUCUAAUAUGUCUGUAAAGUGCAUGAAGUCCUUUUUUUUUCCCUCAAAAACACUGGUAAAGUGAAUCAUCCCUGUGUCAGUUAGGGACAUUUGCACAUAGCGAUGUCACCAAAGAAAAUCAAUCUAUUAAAAGAAUGUUUUGACUCUAUGGUUGAUAAAAUUAAUUGUGAGUCAGAUAUCAGAAGGGUACCUUAUAUUACCUUAAUGUAUGUAUAUGUUAGUAUCACAGCAUGUGCAAUGUACUAUUAUGGUGUGUAAUAGGCUUUGUGACUUUUUCAGCGCACUUCCAUAAAAAGCACUUGAUUUAAGUUGGGCAGUAAGUUAGUUGUUUGAAAAUAUUUUCUAUGUGAGUUCAUCCAAAGUUUUUCCGUAUCCAAAAGCUUUGAUUUAUUUCGUUUCUAUACUUAGGUACCAGUUGAACAUUAAAUCCUCUCAUGAUUGUGUUCUUUUUCAAGCCUUUGAAUGUAGUAGUGUCUUCUUUUGUGCCAAAGCAGCAUUUUCAUCUUCUUGAUUUAUUAAGUAUCUUCAUGUGCGAUGUUGAAUUAAUUAUUUUGCUGUUCUUCAGACUAUCUAGUCCACCUUCCAUUGUCUGUUUUUUUUUUUUUUUUUUUUUAUAUAUAUAUGUAUGAAUCCACGUGAUAUUAAGCUGUUAUCUGCGUUUUAUAUAUUCUGCUAUUUUUUCUGUGCAUGUUAAGCUUUGCAAAUUCCUCAUCCUCUUUGCCUUUUGUUAUAGUGACCAUAUACCUUAUGUACAGUUGGAUGAGUAACGUCAUUUAACUUGGCCCCAGUGACAAAGUUAAAUGAAUAAACAAAUGUUUGUGGUGUACUGGUUAUGCCUCUGCAUUCAUAUAAUCAUCAUCCAUCUAGUUUCAGGUUUGUCAAUGAUUCAUUUAACCUACUGUACUGCCUUGUGCAAGAGACAUACAUCUGUUAACUAAUAUGUACCAUUGUUUGGUUUUUCAAUAAACAUUUUUUAUUGAUCUGUGUUCAUGGGAAA